UACAGUAGCCUAUAGCCAGUUAGCCCGUUUGAGAGUAUAGGUCUAUGCGAUUCUAAUUGGGAUAUUUUGGAUAUACUUAAAAUAAAAAAUAAUAAUAUUGUACUUUUAUUUCUCCAAAGGAUGCAGAACUUUUCAAGAAGAUCCCUGGUUCCGGUGCGUCUCCAACCCUUCUGACAGAAGCCCCGGAGAAGAAAUUGGAAGAAAAAAAGAAGACCGUGGGACCGAAUAACAUUUAAUCUUACCUGACAAUUUUUUUUUACCAUGCUCGGAGAGGGAGAGAGCAACACCUUUCCUUCCCCAAGGACGCCCCCGCCCGGAGGGAGGAGAAAGUCCCCGGUGGUGGGUGCAGAUGACCCGGCUAUGGCCGGCAGCGCUAGCCGAUACACCGACGGACUGGGGCCAGACCGCUAUUAUAUCUCACCCCCAUCCAAGCAAACUGGAGACAUGGCGAGUCCGUGCUCGUUAUUCCCUUAUUCUCAGUCCGGUACCGUUUACACGGGUUCCGGUGGAUCGAGAUAUUCGACAUCGCUUCACUUCAGCUCGGUGUUGCCUCCCACGGGAUUCUCCUCGGCGGGGCGCAAUCAGUUCGGCUCGGCCUACCAGUUAGGACAGGGUGGGUGUCUCUACCCUCCAUACAGCACCGGCUCGGUGCCCCUACCCUCGGGCACGGGGGUGAGGGCUCAGGUCUACCUCUGUAACCGGCCUCUCUGGCUCAGGUUCCACCGUCAUCAGACCGAGAUGAUUAUCACCAAACAGGGCAGGCGCAUGUUCCCGUUCCUGGGGUUCAACCUGAUGGGUCUGAAUGUCUCUGCUCAUUACAACGUGUUUGUGGAGGUCACGCUCGCGGACCCCAACCACUGGAGGUUCCAAGGCGGGAAAUGGAUCACCUGCGGAAAGGCGGACAAUAAUAUGCAGGGAAACAAAAUGUACGUCCAUCCUGAAUCUCCCAACACGGGAGCACAUUGGAUGAGACAGGAGAUCUCGUUCGGCAAACUGAAGCUCACCAACAAUAAAGGAGGCAGUAACAACAGCGCACAGAUGAUAGUUCUUCAGUCUCUUCAUAAGUAUCAGCCGCGGCUACACAUUGUAGAGGUGACAGAGGGCUUGGAGGACAUGAGCAGUGACCCAAAGACCCAGACCUUCACCUUCCCUGAGAACCAGUUUAUAGCCGUCACGGCCUAUCAGAACACCGAUAUCACACAACUGAAAAUUGACCACAACCCAUUUGCAAAAGGAUUCAGAGAUAACUAUGAUUCGAUGUACACAGCUCCAGAGGGUGACCGACUGACCCCCUCCCCCACCGGCUCCCACCAGAUCGUCCCAGGUGCUCGCUACGCCAUGCAACCUUUCUUCCAGGACCAGGUCAUCAACAACCUGCCCCAGAACCGCUUCUACAACAGCGAGAGGACAGUACCCCAGACCAACAGUCUCUUCUCCCCUCAGCCAGAGGACAGCGCCUCCCAGAGGUGGUUUAUCUCCAUGCAACAGGGAGGAGCUGGCCCCAACAAACUGGAUCUCAGUUCCUAUGAAGGGGACUACUCUAGCAGCCUGCUCCCUUACGGGAUUAAAUCCCUGCCUCUACAGAACUCCCACGCUCUCACCUACUACCCAGACUCUCCUUUCACUUCCAUGGCAGCAGGAUGGGGCUCUAGAGGAUCUUACCAGAGAAAGGUGACCACGGGCCUGCCGUGGUCCCCGAGACCCAGCCCCACUGGGUUCCCAGAGGACCAGCUGUCUGUGCCUGACAAAGACAAGGCUCAGGGGGAAGAGAUCAAUGGCAGUAGUGUUGGUAACAUAGCUUCAACGUGGACUGAUACUCACUCUUCCACGCCGGGCCUGGAGAAAGCUGACUCUGGGGCCCUGGUGUGUAAAAGGAGACGUAUGCCUCUGAGUGGACCCGGCACAGAGAACUCCCCCACUGUAAAGGGUGAGGGUCUGACUGCCACUGACACCUACAGCAAAGAUUCAUCCCUUUCUAAAAGUAUGGCUUAUUAUUCCUUCUACACAGGCCCUUAAUUAUCUUGUCACCUUUUAGAAAAUCUUUGAUGCCAGGUUUUCCCUCCUUUUCGUAUUGGUUGGAAGUUCAAAGUCUGUCGAUAUUCUGCCAAACCAGUGCCACCUACACCAACCUUAUUCACCAGGGGUUUUUAACAGUCUGUCGAUAUUCUGCCAAACCAGUGCCACCUACACCAACCUUAUUCACCAGGGGUUUUUAACAGUCUGUCGAUAUUCUGCCAAACCAGUGCCACCUACACCAACCUUAUUCACCAGGGGUUUUUAACAACAUGUGACUGGACAGUGUGAUUUAAAAAAAAAAUAACAAUCUAUAUGAUGGACCGUGGGAAUUGUUCUUAAAGUGCCGCCAGAGUAUUGGAUAUAACCCAGUGGGCUGUGCUAUGACACAUUGUAUUGUCCUUCAAUGUACCCGGUCGAUGUGUGUUUGUACAACAUUUGCCUUCACAUUGAAGUUUGAGUUUUUACAGACGUGACUCGUUUUUUUUUUUGAAGACUUGUGAAUAUGAUGCUGUGAAAUGUGAAGGGUCUUGUAUCAAAUAGACUGGACAUUGUUAAGAGUUGUUUUGUUGUUGUUUUUUCUCUUAAUAAAAUACAUUUUAAAAAAA